GUUCCUGACGUCCGUCUCUUCAUUCAUCGCCAUGAGUGGUGCUGCGCUGGCUGUUGUGGUCGUAGUAGUCUUCCUCUUGGCCCUCUACCUCCUCCAGCGCUAUGGAGAUCUGCGGAAACAGCAGCGGAUGGUCCUGUUAGGGACGCUGCUGUCCUGGUACCUCUGCUUCCUCAUCGUCUUCAUUCUGCCGCUCGACGUCAGCACGACCAUUUACAACCAGUGCAUUCUUGACAAUGCAAAUCAUCCUACUCCUGGAACUCGAGCACGACGCACUAAUCAGACAGACGACAACUCCUCUGUUUAUCCACCCUUCAGUAUAACAAAGGUUUGCGAGGAGCCAUGGAGUUACAUCCCAGUUGGCAUCCUACCGGUGUUCUGGAGAGUUGUAUACUGGACUUCCCAGUUUCUUACUUGGCUGCUGUUGCCCUUCAUGCAGUCUUACGCACGGUCGGGAGCUUUCUCCAGAGUCGGAAAAAUUAAAACAGCUCUCAUUGAAAAUGCUAUCUAUUAUGGCACCUACCUCCUGAUCUUCAUCUCUCUGCUCAUCUACGUGGCUGCUCACCCGAAGUGGAGAUUCACAUGGAGAGAGCUCCAGACCAUCGGCAUUACAGCGGCCAACACCUGGGGCCUCUUCCUCCUGGUGCUGUUGCUAGGCUACGGCCUGGUGGAGAUCCCACGUUCUCAUUGGCUCUCAUCUUCCCACGGUUACCUGCUGGCCAAGACCUACUUCAAGGCAGCAAAAAUGGCUACUGAGAAGGCAUCGGCUGAGGAGAACCUAGCAGAUGUUAUGGAGGAGGUGGCAGGUGUCCAUGAAUCUGUCAGGUACAACCACUCUCUCAGGAAGUGUGUGGACACCAUUAUUACAAAGUGUCCCACUGAGUACCGAGAAGAGAUGGGAAGACACGGGGAAAGCUCUUCUGGUGAGCAGAAUGGCCUUCCCACCAAAAGGGCCCUGACUAAUCUUCAUAAGAAAGUGAUCUCUGCUGUGCAGAGACACGGUCAGACUCAAGUUCAGUGGUCUAUCUUGAUGGACGAGGCCUUUCAUCUAGAAGAUGUAGCUAAAAGUCAGAGCAGCCCGGUACGACACUUCGUCCACAGCUUCCCCUCAGAAUACCAACUCGGCUGGAUCCGUCGGUUCAUCUACACUCCUACUGUGGAGUGGUACUGGGAGUGUGUGUUCAGGCAGGGUUUCUACAGGCUGCUGGCGGUUCUCCUGUGUCUCCUCUCAGCAGCAGUCGUCUGGUCCGAGUGCACCUUCUUCAGCACACGACCCGUCCUCUCCCUCUUCGCUGUCUUCGUUCAGAUGGCUGAAAAAAAACACAACUACAUUUGUAUUGAGAUGGUGUGCUUUGUCAGCAUCCUCUUCCUGUGUGUCUGCGUCUACUCCACAGUGUUCAGGAUACGAGUUUUCAACUACUAUUACCUUGUGCCACAUCAUCAGACUGAUGCUUACAGCCUGCAGUUCAGCGGCAUGUUGUUUUGUCGUCUGACCCCUCCUUUAUGCCUCAACUUUCUGGGCCUGAUUCACAUGGACUCGGCCAUCUCACACCAGGACAGAAUACAGACGUCCUACACGUCUAUCAUGGGCUCUAUGAAUGUGCUAUAUUUCAUAUCUGAUGGGUUCUACAUCUAUUAUCCCAUGCUCGUGUUGCUGCUCUGCUUUGCCACUUUUUACAGCCUGGGCUCUCGCUGUUUGAACCUCUUUGGCUUUCAUCAAUACAUUACUGAUGAUCACUUGACCUCUGACCUGGUGGAUGAAGGCAGGGAACUCAUCAGAAGAGAAAGAAGAAAAAGACAGAAAGCUGAGGAUGGAGAAAAUCGAAGAUGGGCCUGGAGGGAGCGGUAUGCUGUCCAGGGGGCAACUGGGCGGAGCAGAGCUGGUUACACUGAGUUGAAGGAUAACCAGAGCAGCCCUGUCACAGAGAUCAAGAAUAGUGUUAUCACAUUCACCAGAAGAAAUGGAGAGGAGGAAGAGGAGCAGCAGAGAGGCUUACUGCGAGAUCAUUUCAGUGAUGAAGAUUCACCAAACAGAAGAUCCACAGGAGGACGUUACUUGUCUCUGUCACCUUCUCGGACGGGAAUCUUUGACGAUGUUUGAUAGACAGAAGACGUGAAGGGAGAGCAAAAAAAGCUAGUACAUGCUGGAACUGGAAAAGAAAGGACUAAAGACUUCUUGAGGGAAGACUGAAUGCUAAGGAUUAUACAGUAUCUCAGGGAAUAAAGAGGAAGAUGAUGUAUCUCAGACAUGGACACACAAUCAAUUACAGUCAUUAUUCACUGAAAGAGAAUACUGUGAUAAACCUGCAAAGCCAAACCCUUUUGAAUGUAUUUUUGAUAUUGUCUGUCAAGCAAUAGUGUUUCACAAGCAUAGAUUGAUGGAUGAACGAGAUGAACAGCACAGUUACGCACUCGCAGUAACUUGAGAUAAUCGCACAUGAUACAUGUGGAAAUGUAUUGUAGUCUGAAUAUUUCACCACAAGAGUUGAUACAUUUUAUUUUUGAAUAAAAUAGCUCACUAUGCUGUGAAAACUAAACAAAAAUAUAAACUGAUUAAGGCACUCAAAGGGAAAAAAUCACUAACUUAUUUCAUGUUGGA